GUCAUGUUCCAGUCAGGAGCUUAGGUCUUGAAGGGGAGGUCACCACGGGUUUGGGGGGUCACAGUACCAUCAGAGCUUCCCAACAGCACACGUUCUUGCCAUAUCCAUGGAGAUGACGCCAGGUGGAAAAGCUUGCAUAAGGGCUCAGAGCCCUAUGGACCCAACAAGGACCAUUGUACCAACCAACGCCAGCAAAAACAAAGUGGUGGACAAGCAGUUGGAUCUUCUGCUCUUCUCUUGGUGGAGGAGGCAACAACAUCUGCAACAGCCGGAGAGGGAGCCCCAGGAACAGCAGCAGUCCACGGCCUCCCCUCACCCAGACCAGCGGCCAAAAACAGCAGCCACCCCUCAGGCCAAGGAGGCCCAGGCCUCGGUGAACAACGUGCGCUGCAACUCCCUCAUCCCAUUCUACACGGCCACCAAGCCCACCUGUGGCUACCGCUUCUCAAGGGAGACUGACCACAAGCGCAAAGUCAUCGGCAUUCCUGCCAGCAAUCCUGUCAUGUGGCGAAACAAUGUUCCUUGCCAUUUGCAUCCUAAAACUGCUCCGAAGAAAUAAAAAUGCCAAUUGGACAUGUA